GCACGUACUGUCCACUUAUCUCGACAUUUAAAAGGAGAGAACAAAACCCUAAUCCGUCUUCUAAACAAACUCACCGACCUCCUCUAUCCUCCGUUUCUUCGUUCCCACCGCCAGAAAUCUCAAAAUGCCUUUCAAGCGUUAUGUUGAGAUUGGGAGAGUUGCUCUCGUUAACUACGGUGAAGAUUAUGGUAGACUUGUGGUCAUUGUUGAUGUCAUCGACCAAAACAGGGCACUUGUUGAUGCUCCUGAUAUGGAGAGAAGCCAAAUGAACUUCAAGAGGCUCUCUUUAACAGAUAUCAAGAUUGACAUUGGCAGAAUCCCCAAGAAGAAAGUUUUGAUCGACGCCAUGGAGGCUGCAGAUGUUAAGAAGAAAUGGGAAAGCAGCUCUUGGGGAAGAAAGUUGAUUGUUCAGAAGAAAAGAGCAUCCUUGAAUGACUUUGACAGGUUCAAGGUCAUGUUGGCAAAGAUCAAGAGAGGGGGAGCCAUUCGUCAGGAGCUUGCAAAGCUGAAGAAACAGGCUGCAUAAGUUUUGAACAUCACUUGUGAAAUCGAACCUUGUUAGGAAAGAAAGAGGAUUUUGUAGUUGAUUUUUGGCUACUUAUUUUGGUUCUCAUCCUACCAUUUUGGAGAUUUUAGAACUACUGUUGUGUGUAAUCUACUUGGUAUCUGGAUUUUUUAUGCAAAUCUUAGUCGGCAUACAUUUUUCUAUA